AGAUAUGAGAAUCAUAGAAAAACCAGGCAAAAGUUUGCUACUUUUUUAAGGAACAGAAGAAGAAGAAGAAGAAGCCCAACGCCACCCAGUUGACUUUUUGGUAUUUAAGAGAUCAACAUCUCCAAUAUUGUUACAACAAUCAAUCCCCUUUCAUCUCCUCUGCUUCAACAUAUUACAGGUACCAUCUACCUCCCAAACAUGGGGAAUGGCGAAUCGACGUAUAAUGAUUCUCAUGAUAAUUUAUGGACGUAUGAUGAUUCUCAUGAUAGUUUCCCACCUGAACCACCUUCCUAUGCAGGCACUUCGAUGGACUCUAGUUCUAAACAAAAGCUACCAUCUACACGUAUAGGCGACAAUUUCAACUCUUUGGAUCAGGUUAUUGCUUCAUUGAGAGAAGCUGGCCUUGAAUCAUCAAAUUUAAUACUUGGUAUCGACUUCACAAAGAGCAAUGAAUGGACAGGCAAAUAUUCAUUCAACAGAAAAAGUCUUCAUGCUAUCGGUAGCACACCUAAUCCUUACGAGCAAGCAAUCUCUAUAAUUGGCCGCACUUUGUCUCCUUUCGAUGAAGAUAAUAUAAUUCCUUGUUUUGGAUUUGGCGAUGCAUCAACACAUGAUCAAGGUGUGUUCCGCUUUUAUCCUGAUGAUCGAUGCUGUGUUGGGUUCGAGGAAGCUCUUGCUCGGUAUAGGGAGAUUGUUCCAUACUUAAGGUUAUCAGGUCCAACCUCGUUUUCCCCAAUAAUUGAUGCGGCAAUUGACAUUGUUGAAAAAAACAAUGGACAAUACCAUGUUCUUGUUAUUAUAGCAGACGGACAGGUUACCAGAAGCCCUGAUACCCCACCUGGAAGAUUCAGUGCCCAAGAACAAGCGACUGUAAAUUCCAUAGUUGCUGCUAGCAAAUAUCCUCUGUCAAUUAUCUUGGUUGGAGUUGGGGACGGACCGUGGGAUGCAAUGCAGCAAUUUGAUGAUAACAUUCCUCAACGAGCAUUUGACAACUUCCAGUUUGUCAACUUCACCAAGAUCAUGUCAGACAACAGGGAUAUAUCACAGAAGGAAGCAGCAUUUGCACUUGCUGCCCUUAUGGAAAUUCCAUAUCAGUACAGAGCCACCCAAAGGCUUCAACUUUCCAGUUAUGAAUCAGAAGGUGGUCCACGUACAAGGCCACUUCCACCUCCACGCGAUGUGAUCAAUCAUGAUAAUGCAGUUAAAUCAAUCCCACCAAUGACAAGCAUUCCGAAAGUCGAGGCAUCAGCUCCCGUGCUGCCAGAAGCUUCUGUGGAGUCGGUGUGCCCCAUUUGCCUGACAAAUCCAAAGGACAUGGCUUUCGGAUGUGGUCAUACGACCUGCAAGGACUGUGGAGUCAGUCUUUCAUCAUGCCCUAUCUGUCGAGAACCCAUAUCAACACGCCUGAGACUCUAUACUUGAGUUGGUCAUUGUUUUCCAAUAUCAAGUGCUUCGUGAUGCACCAAGGGAAUUCUCAGAGCAAAUAUACCAUUGUGUUUUACACAAUUUCAUACGUCAUGAGUCUACAUUUGCUGAUUUCUCCAGUAUAUGGUCGGUGCCGCAUUGAAGUGUAUUUGUACAUAAUUUGGAUUUUUGGUGUAUAUCACGCUACUAGAUGAAAAAAGCCAGUUGCAAUGACCUUUCGUUGAGUAACCAUUUUAUUCAUUUUGUUGUAACCUUUGUUCGCUUGGUUGUAAAGAUUCAGAAACUAGCUUCAAAUAUUAAAUUUUUUUUUUUCAAACAAA